CGCAGCAGUCCCCCCAUGCACCCCCCCGCCCCCACCGUCCCGGGACCUCGCCGCUCUACUCCAUCCUUAGCUUUCCAUUUUGCUCCUAGUGAUCCCAAUCCUCCCACGCCACCCCCAGAUCCCUUGGAAUCCAUCCUGGCCAGAGAGGCUGCAUCCUCUCUGCCCAUCCGCAGCAACCCAGCCCUUCCCCGAUCUGUACCCACCCCCACCCCCAGCUCUUCCCUGAAUCCCAGCUCCAGCUCGGUCUCCAGCUGCCAUGCCAGGCUGGAGCCAGGUCGGGACCAUCCGGGAGCGGGGGCACCCUCCCGGACCCCGGCUCACCCUCAGGGGCGCCGGCUGCCCUCACGCGCGUCUCCCGCCACCCGCGCCGCCGCAGUAUUUAUGAGGUCGCGGGUGCGGAGGCCGCCUGCCGCCUACAGACGUCCCGGCCCGGGAAGAGCCGGUCGCCUCGGGGUGACGGACUCCCCAGACAGCCAGGGCCCCGGGUCCCACGGGCGCCCCACGCCCACCCGCCUACCCCACCCCAGGGCGUGGUGCGGGAAGGGGGACCCAGGAAGGCUUGGUACGCCACCGCCGCCACCCCCAAGCCGGCCACCAGGCUACCACCUUCUCCAUGAUGAGCCCACUGACUCCUCCUCAGAAGCCCGGGGCACCCUGAAAACAAAGCCUGAACCCUGGAAUUGCAGUGGGCUUUUUGAGCUGUGCGACCUGGGUCACCAAGAGGCACCCCUAACCCCUGAGUUAGGGGUGGUCCAGGCCCUGGCAUGAGAGUGAUGCUUGCAGGGACAGAUAGAAAAGCUGAUGACCAGGCCUGCUUUCCUCCAGGUAAGGGCAGUGUGCCACCCACCAUCUGAGAGGCAGGUGAUGUCAGGCCACAGCACUGGGUGCCUGUAUCCCUGGCUGUGCAGACAGCAGUCGUGGAGGCCCUGCCCUCUCCACAUGACCU